GUAAAUUCACUCUUUAAAAAUCCAUAGAUUAUAGAUGUGUGUUUAGUAGUUACACAUUGGUUAGGUUCAGAUAUUUCUACUAUCUUAUUUGACAACAUCGUCAUCGAAUCACUCAGUUGUCCCUAUCAAAUUAUUCAUCACAUGAACCAAUGUGUACUGUCAAACAUCUGUAAGUAUUAUACAUACACUUUACAUAGGUAACUGUGUUAAUUAACUACUUAGUUACUUAGUUAUUAGUUCGUAGUACUACUCCAUCGGCUGAAAAAUUUUGUUAGUGUGCCCUGCUCUUUUUGUAUGGGGCCAAGGAACGUCCGGGUAAAAGCCCCAAAUAGUUAGUAAGAUAUAAACACGUAGAUAAGUACGGAAAUAUAUCCUAUAUUGAUUCAAGCAUAAUUAACACACGUGAGGACUUGUAGAUAUAUAACACAAUCGGUGGAGGGGGAAAGUGAUUAAUGAAAUAAUAAUGUUUCAUUUGGCAUCUUCAUUGUACACACAAUAUACUAAACGAGAACAGUACAAUAUUCUUAUAUUAGGGUUAGAUAAUGCCGGUAAAACGACAUUUCUAGAACAUGUUAAAUUACUUUAUCCAUCACCGACAGAUACUACUAAAUCUAAGUCUAAGGUAAAAGAUGGACAAAGUAGUGAUACCCCUAAAUCCACUUCAGAUAUAUUAAAAUCUAGAAGAAUAUUACCCACUGUAGGGCAAAAUACAACUACAAUUAAAUUUCAAUCUAAUAGCGAUUCGGAAUUCUCAUCCCAAUUUCGGAAUAUAAAUCUUAAAUUCUGGGAUCUUGGAGGUCAAAAAUCAUUAAGAAAUAUGUGGUCACGAUAUUAUAAUUCAUGUCAUGGAAUUAUAUUUAUAAUUGAUUCCACAGAUACUGCUAGAUUUCAAGAAUGUUAUGAGACAUUGAUAGAGAUUGCUCAUGAUCAAACAUGGUCCAAUAUUAAUGGAACAGCUGAAGCUAUUGUUAAUGUUCCUAUUCUCAUGCUAGCCAAUAAGCAGGACUUACCACAGGCAGUAGAUUUAGUAUCAUUAAAAACAGGAGUUUUUAUACAAUUGGUUAGUGAACUUGAAGCUACCGAUUCCAAAUUAUUACCCGUCUCAGUAUUAGAAAAUCAGGGACUUCAAGAGAGUUUAGAGUGGCUAGUAACUCGUUUGAUAUAUAAUAAGAGUCAAAAGAGUCCAGAGUAUAGAUAGUUAGUUGGUUAGUUUCUCUAUUAUAAAUUUUAUUGCAUUAUUUUAUCAUAUUCAAUCCCUCUUGUGACUUUUGUAUAUGUAUGUGCAUUUUUCUCAUUCCAUUGUUCCACUACACAGCAUUU